UCGGGCCUGUUAGAGUUUUGCUUCAGAGAGGCAAUCCAUGGCGAGCAUAGAGGAAGACGAGAGGAGAGAAGCAGCAAUAGCAUCAACCCCUUCUUUACAAUCCGAUUUCAAGCCUGUUGGCGUCACCAAUCUCCAGCUUUCCAAAUUCCAGGAAUUGCACAAGAGGCGUUUACAAAUCAAAGAAGGAUCAAAGUAUCAAAAGAAAUCAAAAGAUUGGGCUGGAAAAUCUUAUGGGAAAGAAUCAAAGUACCUUAAGGUCAAAGAUUGUACAGAGGAAAAUGCAAGUAUUACAAUUGAAGAAUCAAGUGUUUCCACAUCAAAAAGCAACAAUGUCAAGGACAAGCCAUCCUUGCAGCAAGGUGAUAUAGCCACACAUCUUGCAUCAAAGAAGCGCCAGAAGUUACAUUGGGGGCUCGACACGAAGGAAAGGUGGGAAAGGAAAGCUAACAUGUAGAUUUGCCACCUGGAUGGGAAUGAGCUUUCCGGGGUGUGUAUUCUCAGAAGAUAGUGGUGAAAGUUGCUUGGCUUUUGAAGUCUGAAAGCCCUUGGCUGGAAAUUCUUUAUGGUAGGAAAAUUUGCCAGUGGAACAAUUUGGCUAGGGAGCGUGUAUGGAGGAGGAUAUUACCCCUCUCAUGUAAUAUUGUACGGAAAAUCUAGGUGCCCAUGGUACUUUUUUAUAGUGCAAUAUGAUGGUCUGGUGAAGAAUACUAUCACUCUUCUCAGAUCUUGUAUGAAACCCCAGGUGCCCUUUGUACUAUUUCAAGCAGUGAUUAGGAGUGGCCAAAAUUGUCAUCACAUUCUUUAAGAUUGUCGCUUUAGUGGCAAUCAAUUUUCUCUGGGAUUCUUAAUCAUUUUGUUAUUAAUACACAAUAUUUUUCUAUUCCUCA